UCUGCUCUGGACGUUAUCUCGGUAGGAGUAAGUAGAAUUCAGUAUGUCAUGGCCGAUGACCGAGUCGACGAAUUAAUACAAGUCACUAAUAGCUUAAAAGAGGAGUUGAGGAGUGUUGUUGAGAGGCUGGAAGAUAAGAAAGACAAGAAUAGUGAAUCGACGUUGCCCUGCUCAAGUGGAGCCGCUUCUCGGGGAGCUGCUGAGUCGUCUCAGACUGCUACUACCAGUACCAGUAGAUCAGUAUCUGGUGAUGAAGGGUUUUGGAGUCCAAUGAAUGUAUUACGAAAGAGAAGGAGUGAGCCUGUUACAGCUAAAGGAAAGAAGAAGCAAAGAUUGCCAUCUUGGACUCACACCUUUGUAUGCUUAGCUGAAACUGAUCAAGAGUGUGUCCCCAGUCCCAGUGAAUGGGCGACUCUUCAGAUAGCAGGUCUUGGUGAAAAGAAGAUAGUACUGGAUGGUGAUGGUGAUGCCCAAGCAAUUUAUGAUGAGCUGCUUCUUCAGUUUCCGAAAUUGAAGGAAGCUGGAGGUUUUGAAUUAUUAAGGACUCAAGACAAAGGAUCCAAGACUCUUCAUAUUAUCGAUGUGCCUCACGAAAGCUAUAAUGUUCCUUAUUUGAGAGCUGUUGUUCAUAGUGCAAGAAUAUUUAUUAGGCCUUUGCAAAGAGAUUUGUCUCUUUUGCCUGAUAAGGAGGUUCAGGUCACAGGUAAUUCUUUAAAGGAAGAGUGUUUUUACUGUAAGGAAAGAAUAAGUAUGAAUUUAUUGCGGAAACACAUAGAAACCUGUAUAGUCAAGAGUUCUGACCCAAUAGAAGAACAGCAUGUACCUAUACCAGCUAAUACUGUUACAAUUGAGGGCGCUCCUACAGUUGUCUCACAUGAUACUAUUGAGUCUGUUGUCUCACAUAAUACUGUUGAGUCUGGGUCUGGCAGGUUGAAUGAUGACAUUGAUUUGAAUCUUACUCCUUCACCACCAUCACCAUACUCACCUGAAACACCAGAGGCAACCAAAGAUGUGGCUUUAUAUAGUGAUCAAAGUAUUGAAAUUAAAUCACUUUCAGACGUAGUAUUUUAUUUAAGUAAAAGUAUUGACCUGACAGUGGAGUUUAAUAUGGUAGUCAGGCGUUCUUCUGUCCUAGACGAUGCCUUGAGGAGAAUGCAAAAGGCCAAUUUUGAUCCACGGAUGAAAUUGAAUGUUGAGUUUGUUGGUGAAGAUGGAGUAGACCUUGGGGGGCUAACAAGGGAAUUUUUUAGACUAGUCAAGUUUGAUUUGGGGAAAUACUUAGAGUCAACUGGUUGUUUGAGACAUGAUUCAUUGGCAUUUCAGGAUAAUGUGUAUCUGAAGAUCGGUAUUCUAGCCGGAAUGGCUUUAACUCAUGGUGGUGGAGCAAUGAAUGUGCUAUCUCAAUCCGUUUUUAAAUACAUAUGUGGAGUAGAUCCAACAGAUUUGAGACCUGAGAUUGCUGAAGUUGGAGACUGUAAUAUCCGAGCUAUUUUGCAAAAGAUCAAAUCCUGUGAAGAUAUUUCUAGCCUAAAAGAGCUGGUGACAACUAAUCAAGAUAUUAUUUUUACAAGUGGAUAUACUAAGCCUAUAGCUACACUUCUGCUCAGUGAUAAAGAUCAAAUCAUUGCUACUGUGGUGCUUCAUUUCGUUAUUCUAUCUUCUUUGGGUGAGAUUUCUCAGUUUCGUGAUGGCUUAUUGAAAAUUGAAGGGAUGCAGGAGAUGCUUGAAAAAUAUUCAAAUUUACUUGAGUCUUUCUACUGUAAUAAAGAAAUACCUUUGACAUCAGAUCUAAUUCUGCAAAUGUUCACAAGCAUUAAAUUUUCUCCCAAGGGAACUAACAUGAGGGACUGUGAAGAGAGCGCAUACAUUUUCUUUGUAAACUACUUAGAAGACUGUGAACGAGAAAGUUCGGAUACUCAUUGUGUCUCCCUACAGAAAAUUCUCUUGUUUUAUAGCGGUAGUGAUAGCAUUCCUCCACUUGGUUACAGUGUUGUGACAUUAACCUUCAGUCAUGAUAAUAUUUAUCCUACAGCUUCUACCUGUGGAAUGGAAUUGACCUUACCCGCAAUGCAUAAAGAGUAUGUUGUCUUUAAAGAACACCUUUACACAGGCCUUACUAUGAACGGAGGGUUUGGUCUAGUAUGAUUCAUUGGUUUUUGUUAUUGCUCACUCAUUGCAUUUAUUACUCACUUAUUCUUGCAUUUAUUGCUCAC